AUGUGGACAAGCUUGAUUGGUAAUCAAGUUAUUGGUCCGGUACAACUUCCAAACCCACUAAACGCUGAAAAUUACCUUGAAUUCCUGCAGGAUAUACUUCCAGGAUUGCUUGAUGAAGAUGGUGUGCCAGAAGAACUGCAAGAAAAUCUUAUUUUCAUGCAUGACGGUGCACCAGCACAUACUGCUGCGAAUGUAAGGAAUUAUCUUGAUCAGGUAUAUGGCGGCCAUUGGAUAGGCAAUAAUGGUCCAUUACGCUGGCCAGCAAGAUCUCCUGAUUUGAACCCAUUGGACUACUUUUACUGGGGGACAUCCAAAGAAGCAGUUUAUCACAAUGGCGGCCUCAAUGAUCCAAAUGACAUGAUACAAAGAAUCCAACAUCAUGCCCAGCAUCUAGAACCCGAAAAAAUACAUGCAGCUACACAUCAGAUAAGACGUAGAGAGGAGGACAAGAAUGGUGAUGAUGUUGAUGUUGAUGGCAAUGAUGAAAAUGGAGAAGAUGAUGAUGAUGAUAUGAACAACGAUGGUGAAAAUGAUGGCAGCGAAGACGGUGAGGCUGAUGAUAGUAUGGAUGAAGAUGAUGACGACGUUGGCAACGAUCCGGAUUAG